CCUUGGUGUCUGUUCCAAUCCCGGCUUGAAUUCGACAUUGCUGAGCUCGCUCUCAAGGCUGGAUUGAACAAUGAACAAACAGACCGCCUCAUCAAAAUUUGCCUUCACAGUUCUGUUGGCAAGGAUAAAUUCACAUUUAGGAACCAUAAAGAUAUUCAUAGCAAGUGGGAAGUGGCGUCUCAUCAGAUCACGAAG